GUGUGUGUCUGUCUGUCUGUCUGUCUGUCGGGGGGAUGGGCGUUUAUUACUCUAUUAGUCUAUAUAUUCGUGUUCAUAACUAAAAAGUAAUUUUCCUUGUAAUUGAGGAGAAAACAUCUGCACUGAUUUUGGGAUUUGUAAUGUGAAAAUAGGAGUCAUCUGUCACAAUUCAUUUUAGGUGUUCUGUAGAGGUUUUUUUUGCAGAGUUUUUGGGUUCAUUAAUGGGCCAAAAUUCAAUAUAUCUAUGGAAAGUGAAUUUAGAUGGCAUCGUUGAACAUGAAUUUGGGAGUCAUGAGAAAUAGACAAAGACGAUAAUGGAUGGCCGUACUUUGGUGGGCCUGAUCCAUGGAUCCAAGGAUCCAAGAGAAGAAAAAGAUGAUGUUGAUGUUAUUAUCCCAAUUAUAAUUUAUGGGACUUGGAUCCCACAUUGAAAGUACAGAAUUUCAAUGUAGGGUUUCUAUGAACUUGAUGCUGGUGCCAACCAUUGCUUCUCCCAAUUGCAAUCAAGAGACACAGGUGGUUAUGCCGACAUUAUAUUGGGUUGUCUGUAUCAGUUAAAACCACUAAACUUUGGCAUGCAAAAGACACCCUUAAUUAAGUUGAUGCUCAUCAUAGUGUCCCUUUUCUUGUAUUUCUCUUUUUCUGCAUUGAAGGAUAGUUUCUGCUGGAACUAAAGACACUCACAUAUGCAUACAUAUCAUAUUUAAAAAUAUUGGUGUAGGUAAAAUGUAACACAGGUGAACAAUCCUGCAUUAAGGAUGUAAAUAAGCAGGACUGACAUUGAGUUUAAGUUGAGGUUGCUAUGUGCUUAUUUGGGCCAUGGACUAUUCAAGCUUUUUGUAGUGCCUAUUUGAGUUUAGCUAACUUUGGGAGUCCAUCUUGAGAUUCAUUUCACAAUUCUAAAAAUUGAUUUUAGUAAAAAUUCCAUGUAAGAUUAAGUUGUUGUGGGUCAACAAACUCUUUAUAGCUUGGUGUUGUUGCCUUUAAGCAGCCAUUUUUUUUCUCUCAAUUUUCUUUUAGAUUUUCCGUGAGCAUUUCCUAUUAUUUUUGUGCAUAGCUAUCCUCUACCUACCUAAUAUAUGUUGCAUUAUGCAGCCGGAUUUGGUGCUGUUUACAGGUGAUUUUGGUAAUGAGAAUGUAGAGCUCGUCCAAAGUGUUGCAGAUCUUAAAUUUCCUAAAGCAGUUAUUUUGGGAAAUCAUGAUUCCUGGUAUACUCAGAAGUUCUCUCAAAAGACAAAGGAUGGUGUUCAACUUCAGCUGGAUUGUCUUGGCAAAGAACAUGUAGGUUACAAACGUUUGGAUUUCCCUGAGCUUAAACUUAGUGUUGUUGGUGGACGGCCAUUUUCAUGUGGUGGUGAGCAGCUAUUUCGGAAUAAACUUCUGUCUGCAAGAUAUGGAGUCCAGGACAUGGAUGGAAGUGCCAUGAGAAUCUAUCAUACCGCUUUGGGCACUCCAGAAGACCAUCUACUUAUAUUGCUCGCACAUAAUGGGCCCACAGGUCUUGGUUCUAAUUUGAACGACAUUUGUGGAAAAGAUUGGGUGUUUGGCGGCGGUGAUUAUGGUGAUCCAGAUCUAGCUCAAGCAAUUUCCCACUUAAAGGAGAAGACCAGUUUGAAUAUCCCUCUGAUUGUGUUCGGCCAUAUGCAUAAAGAGCUGGCAUAUGGAAAUGGUCUACGAAAAAUGCUUGUGGUUGGCAGUGACAAGACUAUAUACCUGAAUGGGGCUAUUGUUCCCAGAGUUAAAAGAAUCAGCGGUGACGACAGAAGCUCAACGGACUCUAGAGGGACAUGGCGAGGAUUUACUUUGGUUGAGAUUCUUGAAGGGACAGUGGACAAAAUUGCAGAAACUUGGGUUUCUGUCAAUGGAGAUAUAACCUCAAUAGAAGAAGAGCAUAUAUUAUUCAAAUGUGGCAACAUAGCAUCAUAAUGGAAUGAUCUUAUUAUCUUAGCCUGUCUUGAAUUAGCUGUCAGUUUACUGCAAGAAAUUUCUCUUGUGAAUUCUCCAUGGCCCUUGCACUUCCACCAAUGGAAAAUGCUAUCCUUUGGUUAGAAUCUACUUAGCAUUAUGAAAAAAAACACCAUUUUAGAUACUAUUUGGAAAAGAAACAACAUUUUGAUGUUCUUUAGCUAGUUUGAUGUUCAUAUACGCGCGGGAUUCAUCUAUUGAGGUAUUUAUUGAGAAUUA